UUUUUUUUUGUCUUUUGUCUUUUUAGAAGGGUCUCUUCUUUUUUUCGAGGAUGGUAUCUGUUGAAAAGUCUUUCGGAAAGACUAGAUCAUGGAAUACUUUUCUCCUCUAUUCUGUUGCUAUUGCCAUACGACUUGUCAUCUUUAGUUUACCUCCUAUUGCUGAUACCCUGUUACAACGUGUAGAAUUAUCAACUCCUGUGACCAGCUUUAAAAGAUUGACAGAAGGUGUAUUCCUUUAUCAAAGUCAUGUUCCACCAUAUGAUGGUGGUGUCUUUCAUCAGGCUCCACUCCUUCUUAUCAUUUUUUCAUUCCUUCUUCAAUUACCGGACAUGGCUACGUUUUUAUUAUACAGUAUCUUCGAUAUUGCCAUAGCACACUGUCUUCAAAAGAUCACCUUGAUGAAACAACAAUUUGAAAGGAACCAACCUACUUUAGCCAUUGAAAAAGAAAUCGAUCUGAUCCAUCCAACAACAGUCGCUGCUCUCUAUCUAUUUAAUCCUCUUACCAUCCUCUCCUGUGUCUCAAAGUCGACUAUUCUCUUCACGAAUCUAAGUGUGAUCAUGGCACUGUCUUGGGCAUUAAUAGGUCGCUAUGAUUUUUCCAUGAUGUGGAUCGCGUUGGCUAGUUAUCUGAGUGUUUAUCCUGCAAUGCUAGUACCUCCGUUGAUAUUAUUACUACCUAGACGAAACAUGACAAUGGCAAUCACGUCGUUUGUUGGUACAUUACUUGUUUUACUUGGUAUCUCUAGAUUGGUGGUAGGAUCUUGGGAAUUUUUGAAUGCGACAUAUGGUGUCAUUCUAUUCUUACCAGAUUUGACUCCCAACGUUGGUAUGUUUUGGUACUUUUUUAUUGAAAUCUUUGAUCAGUUCCGAUCCUUUUUCUUGAUGGUAUUCCAGUUCCACACAUUUAUCUUUGUGGCUCCUUUAUGCAUCCGAUUCAGAAAUCGUCCUGUAUUUGUAUUGACUAUUCUGUGUGGAAUUGUGGCAGUUUUUAAAAGUUAUCCUUCAGUAGGUGAUGCCACGUUAUACCUAUCUUUGGUGCCUCUUCAUGAUGAAUUGUUCAAAUAUUGUCGAUAUGGAUUUUUGGUGGCCAACCUUUUCCUUUAUUCAUCCGUAUUGGCACCGAUCUUUUGGCAUUUAUGGAUCUAUGCAGGAAGUGGAAAUGCCAACUUUUUUUAUGCCAUCACUCUUGUAUACAAUCUUGGUCAAGUGAUGUUAUUGAUCGAUCUAGUAUAUUCAAUGUUACGUCGAGAAUUCGAUAUCGCUCACCCAGAAGCUAUUGGCAAGCAAGUGAUCCAUGAACAAAACUAGUUCUUAUUUGUUUUCUUUGUAUAUACACUAAAUAAAUAUUAUUUUUAUAAAAUA